AUGAAUUGUUUGCUCAGUUUUGGCAUUCGUCGAUACUUUGGCAGAAGUCCUGCUUUUAGACUGUGCACCUUUAGGCAGGCAGUUGUUUCUCACAUAAGGUGGCCUUAUGCAUGGCUGAUCAAAUGGCCAUUUAACCGUGUGAGAAUUAAAAGCAGAUACGACAUUUUUUGUUCUUUAACAAAUUUCAGAAACUCACAUGGUCUUCCAAAGGGUAAACGCUCUGGUAAUAAUUUGGACCCGGUGGACUGCUUGGUUAAGGCCGCCUUGCUGUUUUCCGCUGCCUUGUAUUGUAUUGUGUGGCAAUCAAUGAGUAGCAGUCCACUACCACGACAUGUGACUUUUCAGGAAAUGGUUUCUAUGAUGGAAAGAGGUCAAGUUCAAAGAAUUCUGGUUUCAUCCAAUGGGGCUGCCUGUAUUUUUUCUUAUCAUAGUGAUAUGCCCUUCACUCUAACGCUGUCGACAACUGUUGAAGGCUUUCUGAAGAAACUGCGAUUCCUAGAAGAUAUGUGGGGCAUAGAAGAAAGUGAUCGUAUUCCCAUUGAUGUGUUUGAUUUACCUUUAAGCACAGAUUUACAGACUCGAAAGACGAAAAUCUCUAUGGUUUUGUUAAUAAUAGCCACUGGACUGUUAAUGUUUGCAAUAAACAAGGUGACGUCAUCAAAAAACUUCGAAAAGACAAUGAAUAAUAUUUUAGCAUCAAAAUCCAGUCACUGA